CCAAAUGGAGAAUCUCAAGGUCAGCAAAGAGGAGGUGAUAGCGAAGCUUAAAGACGACGGCGACUUUGACCGCCUCCGCCGCAAGAUUAUCCAGAAGCUCAAAACCAACGAGGAAUUACGCGAGAAUAUUGUUUCAAUUGUGAAGCAGUCGGCAGCGCUGAACCGCCCAGGCGCUGAGAACAUGAAGCCCAGGCAGCUCUCUGAUGACAUUCACCAGGAGGUUGGGGAGAGUGUAAUGAGCCGGAUUUCGGAUGGGCUGUGGGGGAUAAUCAGGUCGAGUGAUGGAAUGCAGAGUGAGAUAAGCGAAACUGUAAGGUCUGUUUACGAUAAAUUGGCUAAUCCAGAGGACAAUGUAGAGGAUGGAUCAAAGGGCUGUGUUGGUGAGGUUCAAGUCAAGUGUAGUGAUGAUGGAUUAGUUGUUGGUGCUGUGAGUGGAGGUGUUGAUGGUGUGUCUCACAAUGAGAUGAAGGAACCGCCGGGGUUUUCUGUGGCGUACAAUCAUGAGGGUGAAAAUAACCAUGAGGUAGAGCGUCUGCAUUGUGAGAAAGGAGGCGUGAUAGAGCAGCGGGGAACGUUGCAGGAUAAGAUGGAAACUGAGGAUGUGGAUCGUGUGGUGGCCCCUGGCUUUUCUACAGACAUGGAGCACAAGGAGGGAUGUGAUGGUAGCGAUGAGGACCCUGAUGUGCCUCCUGGUUUUGGUUAAUGCCAUUGUCAUGCAAUUCAGUUUGUUCAGUGUUAGUAUGCAGCUAUCUAAUUUCAGGUACUAUGCAAUUAAAGAUGCUUAUAUGGCAACUGACGAGGAAGCUUAUAUUGAGUUCUUGC